GAAGGUCUGGCUCGAUGUUCGCUCGUCUUCAUUUUCGAAUUUAAUUCUUCCUCCUCCCCCCUCUCUUUCUCCUUCUCUCCUUCUUCUCCCUUUCUUCUUUCUCACUCAUCGUUUCCCAGGUGCUCGCAUCCCACACUCCUUUGUCGAUUGCGUGUUUCAGGUUGAGAGCCUCCAUUAUUUUGUGUUGCUCUUGUCACUCCUUAUCCACUUGGAACUGCCCCAUCACUCUUUCAAUUGCCUGUGUGCCUGGAUUCGAUUGUUGUUGUUGUUGAUUCAAACUUAAGACAUCAGUGAUACCCUCCUCAUCCUCCCGCUCCUCUUUUCAUAUCCAAGUAGCAAAGACCUACAUCAAGUCUACUAUCAUCGAUCUUCGCAAUGCAGAUCAAGAACUCCCUGCUCCUGUUGACCACCUUGACGGCUGGUUCUUCUGUUGCUCGCAUGCACGGCCAUGAGCGCCGCCACCACCACCACGAGAAGCGCAACGUCGGUGACGAGGUCUACGCUGUCAUCGACGGUGUCCUCGAGUCCUGGGUCAACGACUGGUCUGGCUCUGCUACGACCACCGUCGAGUCCAACCAGGCUGCCGCCACCGUUGCCGCCACCGUUGAAGCUGCUGCCACUGUCGAGGUGAGCGCUAACGUCGCUGCCUCUGCUACCGCUGUCGUUAGCGCUGCUGCCUCUGCUACCGCUGCUGCCUCUUCGAGCUCCGCCUCGGUCGUCUCUUCUGCCGACGGCACCUGCAAGUCCUGGUCUGCGACCUCGUCGAGCUACUCUCGCUCUGGCUUCGGUGCCAAGUCCAACGCCAAGCGCACCACCGAUGCCAUUUACUACACCGGCAACGUCGGAAACCCCUGGGGCAGCAACAUCAUCGAGGUCAGCGAGGACAAGGCCUGUCUUUACCAGUACGUCGUCCGCUUCGAGGGCAGCUCGACGGAUGACUGGACCGUCAAGUUCUGGAACAAGAUCGGUCCCGACGGUGGCCUGAACGGCUGGUACGGCAACUCGGCUCUGGACUUCAAGAUUAAGGCUGGUGAGACCCGCUACGUCGCUUUUGACUCCGACUCCCAGGGUGGCUGGGGUGCUGCCAAGGGUGACUCUCUCCCCACUGAUGAGUACGGCGGUUACUCCUGCACCUGGGGUGAGUUUGACUUCGGUAACACCAGCAACGACGGCUGGUCCGGCUGGGACGUAUCUGCCAUCCAGGCUCAAAACGCUGGCCAGGAGGUUCAGGGUAUGAAGAUCUGCGAUCACACCGGUGCCGAGUGCUCCACCAUCGGUAACAACCUCGCCACUGUCAUCAACGCUUACACUGCCAGCCUUGCCGAUGCUGAUGGCAUUGGUGGCAACUCCAACGCGGAGGCUGUCCGUUUGACUGUCGAGCUCGACUUCGCCUAAAUCCUCUGAUUUCUGUUUCCUUUUUCUCAGAUUCCCCUUAUGGUUUCCUGUUGGCAGGGUUGGGAUUUCAAACAUGUGUGGUUCACUGAUUGGUGAACACCAUCCAACUUCUAUCUUCUGUUUCGAGUGUACAUACAUCCAAUACCAUGGUAUCUAUUUUCAGUC